CAUGUCCAUUGUGCGUGUGCUAACUUUAUCUCAUGCCGCACAGAUAGACUACUACUGUAUUUCUGCCAUUUUUCUUUCACCUCAUAUUUGGUCUCAAAUGCUCAUACUAUGUGGGAAUGCAUGAAGAUGGAAACGACUGGCCCUUUGGUGAACUGCUCUGCAAGCUCAUACGCUUCCUGUUUUAUGCCAACUUAUAUGGUUCUAUUCUGUUCCUGUGCUGUAUCAGUCUGCAUCGCUUUGUUGGUGUCUGUGAUCCAGUCCACUCCCUAAAAUGGUUCAGUGCUGGUCGGGCCAGAUUGGUGUCUGUGGCGGUGUGGGUAUGUGUUUUAUUCUGCCAGGCACCUAUUCUUUACUUCUCAAGAACAAAGGAUGUGGCCACAGAGAGGAUUUGUUACGACACAACCAGUCCAGACCUCUUUGAUGACUUCUUAGUGUACAGCCAAGCGGUGUCGGUGCUCAUGUUUGCUGUGCCUUUCCUGGUGGUGAUGCUGUGCUACGGCCUGAUGUUACGCACACUCCUGGAGCCCAGUUGGGGUGAGGGCGGGGGCCGGGCAGCCCUCCGGAUGAAGCAGAAGUCAGUGAAGAUGAUCAUCAUUGUGCUGGCAGCCUUCAUGCUUUGUUUCCUCCCUUUCCACCUCACCAGGAGUUUGUACUACUCUUUCAGAUACUUGAGGCAGCUCGAUCCUGCACAAAUGAGCUGUAACCUGCUGGAGGCCUCCAGUAUUGCCUACAAGGUGACCCGUCUAUUGGCCAGUGCCAACAGUUGCGUGGACCCCAUCCUUUACUUCCUAGCUGGCCAGGAUGUCCGGUGUAAUCUCACCAUGAAGAGAUCACAUGCCGGAAACCCAAAGAUGUGAUCCAAUGACAGCAGAACUUCUGAGGUCAAACACAAUGCACUCAGGGCCAUUGGUGACAUCUCCUUACUUAUUAUGAAACACAUCUUUUCACUGGUAAUUAAAACAGCAAUAAUAUGUUGCAGGGUCAAACUAUUGCCAGUGUAAAGUCUUUCAUUUUGAAGUCACAUUUUAACAUUCUUAACUGUCACGCUUGAGUAAAAACUGCGGUAUAAAGCUUUAAACAAGAACUUGUGUAUGCUUAACGUUGAUUUGUGACAGACACAUAGCAGAGAACAACUUUGUGCAUUACAUUCAUAUUCUUAACAGUCAUAUAAGUGUAAAAAUAAGCAUAUCAAAAUGUAAGUGUACUCACCCUCAACUCUGAUGACACGAGACAGACGCAGUGACAACCAUGAGUUGCUUUAAAGAAGAUCCUGGUCUGGUUUUGUGUCAUCUUUUCAACUUUUAAUCCAUAAGACACAAUCCAUCCAUCCAUUUUCUGGGCUGUGUAUCCUCAUUAGAGUCAGGGGUGUAUGCUGGAGCCCACCCCAGCUGACUUCAGUCGAGAGGCGGGGUACACCCUGGACUGGUCGCCAGUCAAUCGCAGGGCACAACAAUCCUUCACACUCACAUUCAUACCCAGAUAGAUUUGGUCACCAAUGAACCUAGCAUGCAUGGUUUAAAAGGUGAGUGGU